CUCGUCAGGAGGCAUUUGAUGGAGCCUCUUUGAAGUUGGGUUCCGAAGUGUAGAAUUGGCAAAGUUCUUGCAAGCUUCCUGUAUCAUCAACAACACCUUGUGAUUGGUGGUUCUGGAUAUUCAGUUGCACAUCCCACAUCAAUGCACUGCCAAUGAUGAGGAAACUGAGGCCUUGGAUUAGAACAGAGGUCCCUUGACUCAGUCCAGAACUCUUACUAUCACAUCAUGCUGCCUGAUGUUUGUUGACUUUAUGGAACUCAGCAACAUCUCAUACUGGGGUUAUAUCCUGUGUUGUGACCUCAUGGUUUAAGUGGGAAUAAAGAUGAGUAUAAGCAGUGAUGAGGUCAACUUCUUGGUAUAUAGAUACUUGCAAGAGUCAGGAUUUUCUCAUUCUGCAUUUACCUUUGGCAUAGAAAGCCAUAUUAGUCAGUCUAAUAUAAACGGCGCCCUUGUCCCACCUGCUGCGUUGAUUUCUAUCAUCCAGAAAGGUCUGCAGUAUGUAGAAGCAGAAGUUAGUAUUAAUGAGGAUGGUACCUUGUUUGAUGGCCGACCAAUAGAGUCUCUGUCACUGAUAGAUGCCGUGAUGCCUGAUGUAGUCCAGACGAGACAGCAAGCAUAUAGAGAUAAGCUUGCACAGCAACAGGCUGCUGCAGCUGCAGCUGCCGCAGCUGCCACGAACCAGCAAGGAUCUACAAAAAAUGGAGAGAACACAGCAAAUGGCGAGGAGAACGGAGCACACACUAUAGCAAAUAACCAUACUGAUAUGAUGGAAGUGGACGGGGAUGUUGAAAUCCCUCCCAAUAAAGCAGUGGUGUUGCGGGGCCAUGAAUCUGAAGUUUUCAUCUGUGCCUGGAACCCUGUCAGCGACCUUCUGGCAUCCGGGUCUGGAGACUCAACAGCCAGAAUAUGGAAUCUCAGUGAAAACAGCACUAGUGGCUCCACACAGUUAGUGCUCAGACAUUGCAUACGGGAAGGAGGCCAGGACGUCCCAAGCAACAAAGAUGUAACGUCUCUAGAUUGGAACAGUGAAGGUACACUUCUAGCAACGGGUUCAUAUGAUGGAUUUGCCAGAAUAUGGACUAAAGAUGGUACCCUUGCUAGCACCUUAGGGCAGCAUAAAGGCCCUAUAUUUGCAUUAAAAUGGAAUAAGAAAGGAAAUUUCAUCCUUAGUGCUGGAGUAGACAAGACUACAAUUAUUUGGGAUGCACACACAGGUGAAGCCAAGCAGCAGUUUCCUUUCCAUUCAGCGCCAGCAUUGGAUGUUGAUUGGCAGAGCAACAACACCUUUGCUUCUUGUAGUACAGAUAUGUGCAUUCAUGUCUGUAAAUUAGGACAAGACAGACCUAUUAAAACAUUCCAGGGACACACGAAUGAAGUAAAUGCUAUCAAAUGGGACCCAACUGGCAAUCUCCUGGCCUCCUGUUCUGAUGACAUGACUCUGAAGAUAUGGAGUAUGAAACAAGACAACUGUGUCCAUGAUUUGCAAGCACACAAUAAAGAAAUUUAUACUAUCAAAUGGAGUCCAACAGGACCAGGAACAAAUAAUCCCAAUGCCAAUCUUAUGUUAGCAAGUGCAUCCUUCGAUUCUACUGUUAGAUUAUGGGAUGUAGACCGAGGCAUUUGCAUCCACACUUUGACAAAACACCAAGAGCCUGUAUACAGUGUAGCUUUCAGUCCUGAUGGCAGGUAUCUGGCAAGUGGUUCUUUUGACAAAUGUGUGCACAUCUGGAACACACAGACAGGUGCUCUAGUUCACAGCUAUAGGGGAACAGGUGGGAUUUUUGAAGUUUGCUGGAAUGCAGCAGGAGACAAAGUUGGAGCCAGCGCAUCAGACGGUUCAGUUUGUGUAUUAGACCUUCGGAAAUAGCGCUACUAGUUGGAAGCCAUGGACCGACUAUGAAUGUGUACAUAGCCAAAAUGACUGUCCUGACCCAUGUACUGCUAUAGUCCCACUUGAACCAUGGCCAGUCCACUACAGCCAAAUCUAAAAGAAGUAUAUACCUACAGUGUAUAUAAACAAAGUUGCACCCUGAAGAUGACAAGAGUUUUGUCACAGCUUGUGAAUUCUGUUCACCAAGUGCUGGAAUCUAAUCUGCUGUGCCCCCAAAUAGCAUUUAGAAGUUUUGGAUAUGAGAAGCAGAAGAGAAAAGGAAGUACAUUUUCCAAAAGCAUCAUACACGUACCCGUCUUUGGAUACUAAUGAGAGCCUUGUUUCUCCCUUUCGAAUCAGCAGACACCACGGAUUAUAUUCUUUCCCCCCUUCAGUAAGCAGUUUAUAUGUACAGAGAAAAUGGACUUACAAAAACUUGCAGCAGUAGUUUGUUCUUGCUUUUAAUCUUUGUUUUUGGUUUAGUUAAUGGAUGCAUGAAGUAAGGGAGUGAAUCAGUUUCUUGUUUAUAUUUUUUUUCACCGUUUAAACAAAAAUUUUUCUUAAAAAUAUUUUAAUGCGUUCUUUUGAAGAGGUAGAUGUUUGGUACAUUUUAUGGCUCCCAGAGCAUAUAUUCAGUUGGUGCAUGUUGUGGGCGGGGGAGUUGGAAAUGAAGUGACACACACGGAUGGCUUUGGUCAUGCCCUUCUCUAAGACAUGUCAGUAGAAGGGUAUCAUGCUCUGGGUUUUCGGUGAUGUGGCUGAAAUGCAAUAGUUUCUUUUUGGGGACAUAUUUCUGCCAAUUCAAGACUAGAAGGGCACAAAAUGUUUUGUUUUUUUGAAAAUACCAUAUUGAAGAUACAUAAAAAAAAUUUUCUGAUGUUUUGUAGCCAUAACUAAAUUAUGGUUAAAAUGUGCACUAUCGUGAACAGGAGCAAAGUACAUUUGGGCUUUUUUUCUGUUGUUGUUGUUCUUGUUUGUUUGUUUGUUUUGCUUUGUGUUUUUUUUAAAGAGAUUAAACUGUUUCUGGAUAAGGAAUAGCUUCUCAAAGUGCCCAUCAUUAUCGGUAGAAGCUUAAUAUAUACUAUAACCAAACUCCAGUAUUAAAAAUCUCUCAUGUUAUUUUUCUUUAGACAAAGCAAGAUAACGGCAUAUAACACUGCCAUUACGUGGUAAAAUGUUUGCUACCUUAGUUUAAAAAACAAUCUUUAAAACAAAAGACUUGCUUCAAGGUGUUUUUGAAUAGCAAUGAUUCAGAAUUUUAGAGGUUUCCAGAAAACAAAGUGUAAUUGCACUACCCUCCUUGCUGCUCUGAGUCUGCAUUUGUAGUACUUGUGACUGCAGGCUUUCAAAUAGGUGGCUUUAAGCUGCUGGUCCCCCCACUAAUCACUGCUACAUCCUGCCUUUCAAUCUGUUUAUCAUAUUAAGUAUUUUCCAAAGAAUAGUUAUCAAAUCAAACGUCCUCUAAUGCUCACGCAGCUAAAACGAAAAUACUGAAAUGACAGCACGAAGCCAGGUUUAUGUGUGUGACUAACGGUGUUUCAGGAUUGACAUAAGAAUCCAGGUGUGUUCAGUUUUGAAGAGAAUAGUUGUCAAAUUUAAGUUAAUUAAGAAAUUGCUUACUAUCAAGCUUGGCAAAUUUAUACCACUAUUUCUGGUACAAAUUAGUUUGAAGCCUUUAUUACUAAAAUUUUAACCCGUGUUCUGUGUUUCAGUAGAAACUCGUUUAACUCAAGGAACGCAGCUUUGGUUUCCAGCCUUUGUUGGGUUUGCUAUUUUCCUAAAGAGCGUGGACUGAAGCAAGUCUUGGUUUUACUAAGGUAGGGCGGCAUUGGCUAUUGGUACAGAGAGUAAAAUACACCUAAUUUCACAAUGCAUUGUUAAAUGGACCCCUAAUUCUUGUUAGUGGUGAUGAUGAUACUGUAAUACUAUUUUUAAAAUUUUACAUCCAGAGGGGCGGUCAUUCAUGAUGGUUUUGUGCCAGCUGUUUUUAGGGUUUUGGAACACACAUUAUAGGCAUUUAGAACUGUUACCCUGUGACUCACGUAGGAAACCUAAUAUGCUGAGUACCUGGCACUUGAAAUCCUGCUUUUAUUGCUAGAGGCCCACAUGUGUGGUUGACCUCUGUUGUUGUUUAAAAAAAAAUAAAUAAAAAUAAAAAAAUCUGUGCAAUAAUUUUUAAAUGUGCUCCCAGGAAUAGACGCAAAUGUUUUGAGUAUGUUUAAGCUGCAUUUUUCUUUAGCGAUGCAUUUGUCAAUUGCACUGAAUUUAAAUCUGAAAGUCAGAGGUGAUUAUUGAUAGUACUUUUGUAUUUUGAUAUGGACAAUUUAUUCAUUUGCAUACAGUUAGUGAUUUUAUUUUCCCAGCCAAUUAAAGGAUAGUCAAGAAAAUCUGCAAUAUAGCUGCCAAAACCGACAGCGACGUUUUCAUGGUUUUGUCAGCUCUCCUGGUUUUGUUUUUCCUUUUUAAUCUUUAGCUAUUUUCCUUAAGCAUCAUAGCCACAGUAGGACAUGUAAAAGAUUAUAAAUACAGAGCUUUAUUAUCCUUGGGUCUUUUAAGUAUGAGCUUAUCUGAAAGGUAUCCAUUUUCUAGGCGUGGGUUCUGUGUGAGCAUACGAGUAUUUAUUUACUGUUGCUGCUGUUCUCAACAUCACCACUGCCUGCUGACGUGCCGCCAUGCUGCCCCCACGGACAAAAGUCAGAUGGUCUCUCAUUCGAGCACUAACAAUCGCAAGAGACCAAAUUCCACAGUCUGUAAAGUUCUCAAUUUGAAGUUCUUGCUCAAUUUUCCUUCUAUUUUAUUUUUCUUUCUGAGAACGUAAUAUACCUACAAAACUCCUGAAUCCAGUAGUUCUCCCUGCCCUCAUGGUAUUCAUGAUAGAUCGUUGUUGUAUAGCUACUGUAAGAGAGGAAUCUUAUACUUACUAUAAAAUAAAAACGGAACGGAAAGCUCGAAUGCUAAUUGAUUGAAGUAGGAGUAAGAGCAGCUGUCACUCUUGAACAUUCUAAAAGAAAUGAAUAUCUUUGUUCUUGUCCAUGUAGGUAACCCCUUAAAUUCUUAUAAUUUGUUCCAAUUCCCAUUGCCUGUUCUUAAUCAAGUACCGUCACUGACUUUCAAAUGACUUUUUAAAGUGGGAACUUUUCAUUUCCUGAUGGGUCUUAGGGAGUAUCCAAUUGUGUUUAAUUCUUCUCUAGGUAAGUAUGUUUUAGGAUUAAACACCUUACACAAAUACUGAAAGUGCCUCCUUUUGUGGUGUUAAAAAAAACAAAAACAAAAAAAAACAAAUUAUGGUGCAAAAAGUAAUCAUUAGAUGGAAUUACAUGAAGGUUUUUUGCUUUUUGACAUGUAACAAUGUCAAGAGAAAGGCCAAAGAUUUGUACUUUUUCACUUAUAAAGCACUCCUUUUUUUCUUAAACUUCUUUCUGUCAAAUUAGAUUUAAUGAGAGAGUACUAUUUUUAAGGAGCUGUUUAUGUAGAAUGAUUUUAAAAGUAAUGUAAACUAUCGAGUAGAGUCGUGAAGAGGAGUAUGCGGUUUGUUUUUUCUUUUUGCUCAUAAAUUGCAAAUGACCAUCCUUAUGUGAAUAAAACACAAUGACAAGUUUUAUGACAAAAGCAGAAAAAUCAUUUCAAAGGCAAUGCUAUUUACUUGCUUGGCAGCGAUUUUCUUUUUCUUGAGCACAUAGGCCAUUUCUGUAGACCCCGUGUUUCCUGCACACUAAGGAUGGUACUUGCAUAUGGUUGAUUACUAUUGACAGUUUCUGCAGAAAUCCUGUUUUCAGUGGACCAACAUUGUGGCAUGGCAGCAAACGCCAACGUUUUGGGGAACAGCAGCAAAUCUACAAGAGACCCUAGGUUUUUGGAUGGUUCCCCACCCCUCUCCUGCAUCAGCAGGGACAGAAGAAGGGGAGGGAAGUGAUGAAUUACUCCUCCUGGUAGCAGCUCUGAAGUGUCACAUUCAAUAUCAAAUGGUUUUAACAUGAUUCUAGUUAAAUGUAGACAAGCAACAAAAAUGAGGAAGUGUUCACUUUUUAAUACACUGAUUUAGAAGUUUGAUGUCUUAUACUAGUAGUUCUGAGGUAUUAAUAGCAUUCUUUAUUUCUGCCUUUAUGUUGGCAGUGUUGAAGCAGGCUGAAUCACUAGGGCGUAUAUCUAUAUAUUAUUUUCCCCCCACUCCUUUCUUGGUAAGCUGUUUCAUGAUGUUUUCUUUGGGAUUUCUGAGUAAGUUCAGGAAAACAUGCUGCAUGUUGUACCUAGUCUGAUGUACUUCUCCAUCUCAUUGAAAACACAAGCCUACAGACUACAUUUUGUAAUUCUGGGCUCCCUGGAUACAGAAGUCAUUUUCUUCUUUCCUGACUUUGACAUUGUAGCUCUAAUGUCUUCAUUUUGAUUUUUACAAAUCCUUUGGGUCUAAUUCUGUGAGCCUACCUAUAGCACUGGAUUAAAAUGUCUGCAUCAUUUCUUUAGUUAUCCAGUUAACUUUAAAACUGUUGUAAAAGUGUAAACCAGCCCAUGACAGUUUUUUGUACAUGUUAAAGAACUUUAUUGUUCAGUUUCCAUGAUUCCUCGUGUGAGGAAGACCGAUAGAGUUGUUCUAUGCUGUCCUGGACCAUGUUGAUGACACUUAACGAUGUUUUUGGUUCCACAUCACGAUGAUUUGUCCCCAUGACCCUUUCAUCCUUUUUAGGCACAUUUUUUUUGUUGUUGUUAUUGUUGCGGUUCCCCUUUGCAUUGUAUUGCUUUGACAACUGUAAUUUGAAUCAGAUCUGAAAGAGGUCCAGAAUAAAAUAUAUUUUGAUAUUA